AGAGUCCACAUCCACACUAGCCUAACCCUAAAUAUCCUUCUCCGAUCUCCUCCCGUCCCCAACUAUCAGCCACCGCCGCUCCACCUAUCGUCCCCGCGCUUCUCCAUGUCGUUGCCGGCAGCGCCAGCGCUGAACCACCCCGCAUCGGAGCCCUGCCCUACUACCCCACGCCAUGCCCCUCCCCAUUCAGACCACCCCCUUGAGCUACGGCGGCCCGGUCCUACCCCUGAGCCAUGGCGGCAGUGGCGGCGGCUGGACAAAGUGCCGGAUUUGGAAGUCCCCGAGGUCACCGGCUGCGGGAGUGCUGGAUUUGGAAGUCCCUUAGGUUGCCGGCGGCGGGAACGGAUCCAUCUCCAUCCGGCGGCGAGCGAAGGCGAGUUACAGGAGGUGGCUACAGUGCCCUGGAUCCAGAGUAGAUGGACGGCCCUUGUGGCCGGGUCCAAUUGUCCGCCAGCCACGCCGACGUUAGUCCCCUCAUCAUCGCGGCCGUCUUCUCCAUCCGUGGCGCGCGUCUCCUCAAGGCAAUGCUGUGGAGACAAUGUUCAUAAAGUCGCUGCUUCUGCCAACUUCUGCCAACUUCUGCCUUGCCGCUGCAUGGAGUCGCCUCGCCGCCACCAUAGCCGCCCAUCGUCACUUUCCAGCAAGGUGCACACACGCACCCAACAUCCAUCCAUCCCCAGGGGAGAUCAGCAUGUGAACAACCACGGCCAUUUCUCUUGGCCAGCACAAGCAGUGCCAUCGGCAGUCAAGACAAGCAGCCAACAACUGGAGAAAGUCCUGAAUCUGAUAUGUCUGCAGAAGAAGACAAGCUGUGUGGUAGUUCAUGUUUUUGACUUAUAGUCAGUACAUCUCCCACCUGAUCGACGCCGAUGCCACAGUCCUCGAGCAGAACAGGGUGAGCUUCAUACCGUUCCAUUCUUGAUGUGAAUUAUUCAGGCUGUAGAUUUUGAGCUGUUCAAGAUGUGGACUGUUGUGUGGCUCCAGUAAAAUUAUAACUGUACAGAUAUUUUUGUGUACAUAAAAUCUGCAUUGUACAAUCUCCCUGAUGUUAUGCAUUUUAUUGAUACUCCACUGGAGUUGCUAUCUCUUGGUGUUCAUGGGUUCUGAGUCUGACAGUACAGAUUUUGAAUUUUUCAUGUAAUAACAAGUAAUACGCUUAGUACUCCACAAUUAAACUAUUAGUGCGGGAGGUCUCUUAGUGAAACUGUAUCAUAUUCUGUGUUAAUAUUUUGCAUGCCAUUUGAAGUUCACUUGGCAAGCAAGUAUUGUUUAGUACUGUAUUUGUUGGUGCUUUGAGAUGAAAUUGCAGCAUAAACAUCGAGUUAGAUGAAAAAUCCUUCGGUGCUGAUUCCGAUUUAAACAUUGAGUUAAUAUAUUCUGUACAAGCCUAUGUUUAUGCCCAAUUUGUGUUAAUUAUCUUGGGUUAGUCUAUCACUUCUUUACUAACAUUCUUGUUUGUUAAGGAAUGGUGUGGUACAGUGUCUAAUUUUCAGCUGAUCGCUUGUAUAGAAAAUUUUAAUCCAGAAAAACCAAGUACUUGUAUAGGCAUGCACAGCUUCCUCUCGCUAAAAAAACUAAGUGCUUGUCUCUCUCGCUUUUGUUCACAUUUCUUUUAGAGUACAGAAAUGUUUGAUCCAGAUAAACUGAAUACAUGUACAGGCACACAACUUCCUCUCACAUAAAAAACUAAGUGCUUGUCUCUCUCACUUUUGUUCACAUUUCUUUUAGAGUACAAAAAUGUUUAUCCAGAUAAACUACAUACCUGUACAGGCACACAACUUCCUCUCACAAAAAAAACUAAGUACUUGUCUGUAUCAUGUUUGUUUGCAUUCUUCUUUGAGAAAUCUCAUGUUUGUUUGCUAGGCGAGAAAAUAGACAGCUCCCAGUCUGGUUAUCCCCACACACUUACUGUUUGUUCGGUCCAGAACCAAUGGCUGAACCAACUGCUGCACUUUUAGUUCUGUGAUGUGUGUUUGUUACUUGUCACUUGUAGGCUAACUUGAUUAUACUUUCAUUUGACACACUUUUCUUUGGAGUAGUUAUGCUUGUUUUCACGUGUGUUGCCCACAUUUACGUGGUACCUUAGUAUAGUAGUGGUGUGCCCACAGGUGAUUGCUUGGAAAAUCAACUAAUAUUACUAUUUGGAUUCAUUUGGGAGCUUGCUUUUAUAACAUAUUAUAAUUUUGAAUGUGUUCUGAUUCUACACAGGUUUGGUAGUUAAUCCAUGUUACUGGAGAUUGAAGUUUUUUAGCAGGAAUUACUUGGCUUCGGAUAGCUGCCUUCAAUCGUUGCUGUCGUUGGAGAUUAAAAUAUGUUAGCAGUGCAUUUUCUUUUAAGUCAUGUAACUCACUCCUUAAAAAAACCUUAUAGUGCUUUCUAGAUAUGCUCGUGAUGUUUUGAUAUUAGCUUUGCUUUUUCAAAUCAGAUUAGAUUGUUGGAAAUCUGUAUUGUCAUGUAAACUAUUGCUAUUUUUGAAGGAAUGUAGUUUGGUUGUCUUGUUGUAAA